ACACACACACACACGGACUAUAAGAUUCAACUUCACACCAAACACACCUCUUCCACUGAGAGGACGUCAACAGGAGGGAAUACUGGAAUACCUUCCACUUCAAGCAGCUGCUGAAUCCACACACUGAGAGUUUGACCAGAACAAAGACUCAAAGUGAAAGUAAGUCUCAGGGAACAGGGAGCAGCUGCUGCUGAGUUUACUGCUUCACUCACAGACAACAUGGCUUCCAGAUUAGAGGAAGAUCUCUGCUGUACUGUCUGCCAUGACAUCUUUAAAGAUCCUGUGGUCCUGUCAUGCAGCCACAGCUUCUGUAGAGACUGUCUGCAGAACUGGUGGACGGAGAAUGUCAUCAAAGAGUGUCCACUUUGUAAGAGACCUUCAGUUUAUGAACCUCCCUGUAACCUGGUGUUAAAGAACCUGUGUGAGAGUUUCCUACAGGAGAGAGGUCAGAGAUCUCCAGAGGCUCUCUGCAGUCUGCACUCUGAGAAACUCAAACUCUUCUGUCUGGACCAUCAGCAGCCAGUGUGUGUCGUCUGCAGAGAUUCAAAGAUCCACAAAAAACACAGUUUCAAACCCAUCGAUGAAGCUGCUCAGGAUCUCAAAGAGGAGCUUCAGGAAACUCUGCAGUCCUUCAAGGAGAAGUUAGAGACUUUUGAAGAAGUUAAAGUGAAGUUUGAUCAAACAGCAGAACACCUGAAGGUCCAGGCUCGACGCACAGAGACGCAGAUUAAGAAGCAGUUUAAGAAGCUUCACCAGUUUCUAGAAGAGGAAGAGGAGGCCAGGAUGGCUGCACUGAGGGAGGAAGAGGAGCAGAAGAGGAGGAUGAUGGAGGAGAAGAUGGAGGCUGUGAGCAGAGAGAUAGCAGCUCUUUCACACACAGUCAGAGCCACAGAGGAGGAGCUGAGAGCUGAAGACGUCUCCUUCCUGCACAACUACAAGGCUGCAGUGGAGAGGCUGCAGCGCCCCCUGCUGGAGGAUCCACAGCUGCCCUCAGGAGCUCUGAUAGACCAGGCCAAACACCUGGGCAACCUCAGCUUCAACAUCUGGAGCAAGAUGAAGGACUUGGUGUCCUACUCUCCUCUCAUCCUGGACCCAAACACUGCUGAUCCAGAACUCAUCCUGUCUGAAGAUCUGACCAGUGUGAGAGGAGGAGGAAAGGAGGAACUUCCUGAUAAUCCAGAGAGAUUUGAUAACUUCUCUGUCCUGAGCUCUGAGGGCUUUAACUCAGGGACUCACAGCUGGGAUGUCCAGGUUAGAGACAAUACAUGCUGGGAUCUGGGUGUGUUAGCAGAGUCUGUCCAGAGGAAGGGAUACAUAUGGUCUGGAUUAUGGAGAAUAGAUUAUUAUGAUGGUAAUUACUCAGCAUGGUCACCAUCAGAUCCAGAAACUCCUCUCAGCCUGCAGAAGGAGCUUCAGAGGGUCAGAGUGAAUCUGGACUGGAACAGAGGAAAGCUGUCGUUCUCUGAUCCUGACACUAACACACACAUACACACCUUCACACACACUUUCUCUGAGAGGCUGUUUCCAUACAUUCGCAAUUGGGAUGGACCCCCACUCAAGGUGUUACCAAUGAAGGUCUCUGUGACUGUAAAACAACAGAUAUAGAUGAUGAUGAUGAUGAUGAUGAUGAUGAUGAUGAUGAUGAAGAUGAUGAUGAUGAUGACGAUACUUGUAUCACCUACAAUUCUGAGACUUGUUUAAGGCAGGAAGAUUUAUCUUGAAAAUGCUCCACUUGGAAGAUAAUGUGUAACUCGUCUAAAUAUGUAAAUGCUCACCUGACUAAAGCGAGCGCUGACAGAGUGAUCACAGGUUUAGCCAAGUACUCCAUGCUCUGGUGCACCACGAUGCUGUCGACCGCUUUCCCGUAGUAGUACGGGAUGAAGGCCUCACCUGCAGGACAAAAGGACAAAUAAAUAUCAUGUUAGUUUCAUGUAAAUAUCAUGUAAAUAUCAUGUGAAUAAGAGCUGGACACAAACAGGGGUUUCUGGGUCUUAACCGUUCUGAUAUUUCACAUCAUCAAUUAGCAAGUAAAUUGCACAAGAUCUGAGUACUUCUAAGUAAAAAAACGUUUUCAAAUGUUUUAUUUUUUGGGGUGACAAACAAAAAGCAACACCAGGGUAACUUUUUUGUAACCCUUUAAAACAAACUAAUAACAAAGAAAAUGUUUAAAAAAUGACAAAGUAAAUAAAACAAUAAUAACAUAUGUUUCAUAAUGACUUCAGAGUUUGAUUGACAAAAAAAAGAUAUUGUCAACUCUAUUAGUAGAUUGUAAUUUAUAAAACGUGUAAUACAUCCAAAAUAUCUUUCUAGCCACUUAAUUGCGAGGAUUUGAUGCUUUACUUUGUUUUAUGUAAUGAACAUGGAGGAUUGAGAACAUGUUUGGUUAAAAUGGGUCUAAUAAUGGAUAUUUUGAUAUACACCAAUAAUGAUUAUGAGUCAAAGUAUAAUCUGCAGAAUAAUCAAUGAUAGCGUUUUAACAAUGUUAGGAGUCACUUUAAAGGUGCAGGGACAUGUAAUGGAGCUUUCUUUUAAAUUGUAUUAAAUGACUUAUAUGCAAUAUAUCUUCAACAAUAAAUCCACUUUGCUCUGUCCUGA